ACGGACUGUUCAGGUAAACGCUUUGAAGACAGCGACAGGUGAGGGGGUUUUGGUGAGGUGUUUUCACUUCGCCGAAUUUAAUCAAAUCUGAAAAUGGCGACGCCGAAGUCGCCAGCAAAAUUUCGCUCUUGGAGUUCGAUGGAUUCCAUCGACCCAGCUGAUAUUCGUCGACUGUAUGACCCGGAAUCGUCGUCAAAGUCAUCGUCGGUGCGAUGUGUGAGCACAUGGAUGUUUUCAUUGCUUAUUUUGGGAUCGACUGUCUUAUUUCUGAUAGGUUUACUGGUCGGAUACUACGUGAGAGAAAGUCAGAACUUAGACACUGAUGGGAGUAUCGCACAUUGUUUUUAUGGCGAGAGAAGUGAUGGCUUUUCACAAGAACAAGUCGACUCGGCACACGAAAAUAUCAUGUAUUUACUGUCAUCCGAAAAUAUCAAGACAUUGAAAAGAGAGUUUACUUCCAGCCAAACACUAAACCAGGACACAACAUGGGAUGAAAAUACUGUCAACUUCGUUAAAUCAGAAUUUACCAAAUAUGGUUUGGACAAAGUUAGCAUUGAGGAGUACGAUGUGGUUGUCACCUAUCCUAAUCCUGUUCAACCCAAUAGGUUAGAAGUUAUCACCUCUGCAGGUCAGGUCAAAUUAAAUUUGACCUUUGGAGUUGGUCAGAGGUCAAAAGUCAACAGAAGGAAGCGGGCUGCUGAGGAUGUGGAGGAGACUAAAGACCCCCCUGUCCUGCCUUAUGUGGCGUUCGCUCCAUCGGGAACUGUUCAGGGCGUACUGGUGUACGGACACUAUGGAAGGAUGGUUGACCUCGUUCUGGUCAACAACACUGGUGUUAUACUCAAAGACAAAAUUCUUCUCCUCAGACUUGGAAAAAUAUCAGUCGCUGAAAAGCUGUCCCUGGCCAAACAGUGGGGAGCUGUUGGUGUUGUACUUUAUCUUGACCCCGCAGACCUGAGAGGGACUGAAGAUAGAGUUAUCUCCCCUGAUGACGAUCUUCAGAAAUUCGUACCAUAUGCAUCUGCUGGCGGAAAGAUAUACACAGCCAAUCCAAAUGGAGUUUCUAUGGUGACAGCUCAGACUGUUUCUAUGGAAACAGCGGCCCUUCUUUUGAGUUCUAUGACUGGUCCCUCUGCCCCUGUGUCCUGGAAUGGCAGACUGAACACUUCUUAUCAUAUCCAAGGUCAGCACAUGGUGAGACUCAUCAUCAACAACAUAAAGAAGGUGGAGACCGUGCGAAAUGUUGUAGGUGUUAUUGAAGGAGACAUAGAAGGAGACCGUAACAUCAUGGUUGGAGCUUCAAGGGCUGAUGGGUUACAGACAGACUUUGAUGUCUCCAUGGGAACCAUCAAUUUGUUGCAGUUGGCUCGAAGUAUGGCAUCUAUACGACGCCUGGAAAAAUGGCUACCUCGACGAGGCGUCAAGUUUUAUUCCUGGGGAGGAACCCAGUAUUCUCACACUGGCAUUCAAGAAUUUCUUAAGGCGAAUCACGUCAUUGUACAGACCAAGGCCGUAGCCUAUAUUGACCUUGACCUUUACAUGCAGCAACGCGAUCGUCUACACACGCCCAGCAUGGAUGUGACCACAAGUCGUCUGUUGUCACACUUGGUUGAAAAAGUCUCCAACAUAGUACCUAAUGCUGCUAUGUCGGAGCUGUCUAUCAAAGACAGCCUGUCCUUGACUGUCAAUCAUUACAGAAAGUGUGUCAGUGCCACAGACUACCACCAUGGAAGCAAGGAUUCUCUGUUCUUCUUCCAGGAACUAGGAAUCCCAGUUUUUAAGGCUGGAUUUGAUCUCCCUAGUGCUAUGGUAAACAACGGUUCACUACAUGAUCAGGAACACCAUUACCGCUAUCAUUUGGCAGCAGCUAGAGUUAUGGCCCUUGUAAUACUUAACUUGGUAGACGACAAUAUCCUGCCACUAGAUGUCUCUGCCCUUGCAUCGUCCAUUGAUGAGGCUUUGAUACAGACAGCAGACAUUCCAGACAUAAAUGAACUUAUAGAUAAAUUAUUGACCUCAUCGGACAUUCUGGUCACCACAGGGAAGGCCUUUGAGGUUUAUAUAGACUCUCUAGGACCGAGCAAAGUUCCCCUAGAGGCACGUAGAGUUAACGAUGCUCUCAUGAUGCUGGAGAAGGCCUUCAUCUCUCCUGUUAUACACAGAAAUAGUGCCAGUGUAUUAUAUGAGAUUGACGACCGUGGUCAACUGACGGUCAUCAAAGAAAUGGCCGCACUGUCCACGUCUACAAAUGACUGGUCAAACUUUCACUGUUUACUGGAUACAUUCUCUAAUGCAUUAAAACAGAGUAUUAGUAUCUUACAGUUAAGUUAGUACUGACCAGUGGUGAGUGGCUGGAGUACGGUCAGUAUUAAACGUAUUCUUCAUACAGCUGAGUUAUAGACGAGUCUCCACACCAGUGGUUAGGAAACAUUGAAUUCAUCUCAUACAUAAGUAUACCUGCUGCUUUUGACGUUUGACCUUUGGUCAUUAAACAUGUGAAAAUGGCGGAUGCGCCCUGCAGCUUACCUGGGUAGUGACAUUCUGGCCAUCAGUCUUCAAGAAACAUGGACUUCAUGGUAUCAUUGAUAUAUUUGGUGAAGAAACAUCGACUGUGUGGUAUAUAUUUAUUGAAAACACAUCCAAAAAAGUUUUAAUUGACCAAUGGUCAAGAUACAUGGUCCGCAGUGUUAAGUGAGGAUACGCUACAAGCUUUUAAGUAGUGAUGUGACCAUAGAUCAGUUUGGCAUUCCAAUAAGUAAGAGGUGGCCCAGAGUAUUGUUAGAAUUCUGGGGAAUGUCCAGUUGUAAGAUUUACUCACUGAUCCAUUCAAAUGAUAUCAUACAACUGUAAACUAGACAGAAAAUAUCCAGAAAAUAUCCAGCCGUCCGUGGUGUGAAGUCAGUGAUAAUGACUUUAUCAAAUGUGGUCAAAAAAACUGUUCAUUGGGAAACUUUUGCCUCACAAGUUUUUCUUAUGUUCCCAACAAGUUAUAACUUGUAUCCAAUAAAAGUUGGGCAAAGUUUGACCCAUGAAGCUGAAAUUUACACUGAAAAAAAAAAAUACAGAAGUUUUAUGCAAGGAUGAAAAAAACAGCUGGGCGUAUGUUUCCUUGUACACAAUAUUGGUAGGUUAAUUUCCUUUAGGUCGAGAUGCACUAGUCCAUGAUCUCAGAAACUCCAUGUAGAGUAUUUAUUCACUAUGGGCCAGCUUGUGGUGUUGUAAAUCAUUGGUAUGUCAUUACUGAAGUAUUUAUCUUUGCCAAAAUGUGUAUAAGGAAUUGUAUUUUGUCUUUAAACCCAUGUUACCUGUAUUUUGUCUUUACACCAUCAAAGAAAACAUGGCCAUGUUACCUGUAUUUUGUCAUUUAACCAUCAAAGAAAACAAGGCUAUGUUACCUGUAUUUUGUCUUUACACCAUCUUUUUUUGUCAUUAAGUUUGUAACUAAAAAUCCAAGUGUUUAUUAUCUACAAAAUCAAAACCAAUGCAUUUUUGUACAGGGAGAUAGGCCAUGUAAUAUAAAAUGUAUUGAUUUUUGAUUAAAGUCAACUUAUGAGAAAAAUUGAAGCAAUAAGUUUGUAAAUGUGUAUAGAAUGUGAGCUACAAUUAUCCUGUUGAAGUCAUACUUUCUAGUGGGAAGUGCAAUUUUGUAUGUUAGAGAUUUGUAUGGUAGGUCUAAAUGUGUGUUUUUUUGUUCCAGUUAGAGGUCAAAAUGAUAAUAAGUUCUGACUUCUUAUAGAAACUUCAGAAAUUUUUUUUACAAUCUGAAAGAGAAAAUUUUGUCAAUAAUGCAAAGUGUCAAAUAUACUAUUUCCUAGAUCUGAUCGGUGUAGAAUUAAUUGAUUUUCUUAAAGUAUGAACAAAUCAAGUUUAAUUGCAUUUGAUCUGAUGAAAAUGUUAAAAAAAAAAAAAAUAAUUUAAUUUUUAAAUUUUUAAAUUUUUCCUUUUAAGGCUCCGUGACUAUAGCUAUUAGCUAUUUACACAUCUUGAAUUUUAAUCUCAAAAUGAAAACAAAAAGUUUCACAGGUAGAUAAGUUAAAUACUCUCAAAUUAAAAUUUGUUUUUCUUAUUACAUAUUUCAUUAGGUUUUUCAUUUCAGAUCAUAGAAUAGAUGGUAAUUGUGUGUAAUUGUUCAAAAUUUGAUUCCUACCAAUUUAAACGAAUUCAAAUCUAGUCAGAUUCGCUAGUUAAUUAUUAUGGAUACAUGUUGUGUAUAAAUAUUAUUUUGAUUUAUAAAUACUGAAAGUUGUAAAUAGCUUUAAAUAUUCUGCAUUGUAUUUAAGUUCAAAUGAUCUGAAUUUCUGAUAAGUAGGUAGAUCCAGGUUGUUUACAUGUCUUUGUUUUGUAGUAUUUUUACAUAAAUGUAAAUAUGUUAGAUUGUAGUUUAUUGAAUACAUGACCAAAAGAGGAGGGAAACAGAUUCGCAAGAAUUAAAUUUCCCACACUUCUUUCAGAUUUCUUAAUUGUAAAAUUGAUUUUUUUUUAUUUACUUUUGAAAGAUUCUACAUAUUGCUUGAUUCUUUGUAUUUUUUCUUCCUUUGAAUUCGUUUUCUUAAAAGUGCCUGAAUAAUGUACCAUUUUUUGUUUAUAAUGUUGAACUUAAAUCAAAAUGCGCAAAAUUUUAAGUGCUGGUAUUAUAACCAAUAAUUUCUAGUUAACUUAUAUCCAGUCUGUUACUUUUGUCCUCAGGUUUUCUACUGUGGUAGUUCCUACCACUCCAAACCUUUAAGUGGUCAAUAUUGUUACACAUUUAAGAACAAUACUCAGGUCAUGGAUACUGACAUAAUAAUGUGUAACAGACUAGGUUUGACUGGCUAGCGUUCAAAUCAUGCAUUAUUACAAAUAUCUUUUUUCCUUUAGAAUUAUCUUAUUUUUGCUGCGUUGUAUAUCCUAAAAAACACUCUUUAUUCUUCAGCUCACCUAGUCCAAGAGGCUAGUAUCUAUAUUAACUUAAACCAACGCUACGACCGUUAAGUCCAAAAUGCGACAGUGGAUUUUGACAAAAUUUGGUCCGCGAGUCAUCUUUGGUUGAACUUGUUGUAAUAUACAAAGAGUGACUCGGGCUUGAUUAUCUGGUGAAGUGUCCUCAAUAUUGUAUAGAUGGAUGGUUCAACUCUCCUCCAACUCCUGGAGACAGAUUGACAGGGCUCAAAUAGGGGAAUAAAAAUUGGAUACUAGUUGCAAGUAUUGGUCAAAAAUUUUAGUUUGAGAAAGUUGAAGUAUGAAUGCAUGCAUAAUAUUGAAAACUGAUGUUUCCUUGGGAUAAAUACACAAAUGUGUACUGUCAUUUCCUAUGUAUUGCUCGCAACCUAUAUUAUUUAAAACAUUAAAAAUGCCUUCUGCGGGCUAUCUGAUAAAAUGUUUUCCUAAUUACACAAAGUGCGGGCUAUAUGGUACUUGUCGGAUCCACGUUAACUUCUUGUUUUUUUUAUGGUGUACUGUACCAGGCGCCAAUAUUGCUGUUUUACGUCUGAAAUAUGAAUGAUACAUUUACCUGUUGGUGGACAUAUUAAGUAAAUAUGUUUAUUAACACUGUUCAUGUAUCAAAGCAACACAGGCCAGUUUGUGUAAACUGUGAGAGCUAAACAUAAUAAAGCGAGGGAUUUCCCUAAACUGGUACUUCGUAGCAGAUAAUUCGUGGGCAACCUACCGGAGCAGGCCAUCUGCAGAUUAUAAAUUACAAAACCACAUUAUUUUGGGUUAUGCCUGCAAUCUUAGUGGGCAGUACACAGGAAAUGAUAGUCCCUUCAGAUGUUCUUUUAUAGAUAAUAUCCAAAAGAUCUGUAGAAAUUAUAACAUGUUUUAUAUAGAUAAUAUCCAAAAGAUCUGUAGAAAUUAAAACAUGUUUUAUAGUCCAAAGAUCUGUAGAAAUUAUAACGUGUUUUAAGUGAAUCUGUAAUGAGGUAUGUUAUAAAAGAUAUGUGUAAUCAUGUUUUUUUUAGAAUGGAGUGCAUGUUCAACGAGAAUGAAAUGACUUGCAUGUCAUCAUCACAUCUUUAGAAGUGUUUUCUAAAAGUCAUAUUAAUUUUCAAUUUUCAUUUAAGUGUUGUUGGAAGUAGGCACUCUAAAUAAUGUUUAAGAUUUCAGUUCAUUUCAUGCUAACACCAUAAUCAUCAUCACCAUCAUCAUGCUAUCAUUAACCAUCACCAUCUGUCAUCGAACAUCAUUAUAAAAUCCAUCAGUGGCAAAGAUGACCUGUAGAAUUUUUGCAUUUAUUGUCUAGUUUUAUUUCAUACUCUUCCAUAAUGAGAUGUCAUUCUGAAUUCCAGAUUUGAUUAUAUUUAAUUGCCCCCCCCCCCCCCCCCCAAAUUUAUAUGAAAAUGUCACCCCAACCACCCCCAAUUUACAUAUAAAAAAUGUUGUUCCCCCCCUCCCCAAGUUAGAUAAAAAUGCCCCCCUCCCAUUUAAGAUGUUUCCCCCCACAAUUGAGGUAGGAUAGAAUACCCCCCUCCCCCCCCAAAAUCAAGAUAAAUAUUGUUAAACCAAUACACUGCCAUCUCCUCAUUGUUGCAUUAAACAAGCUCAAGAGAUUUUCUAUCAUAGUCUUGUUUGUACCUAUUUAUCCAGUUCUUUUUUUUACCAAUAUUCAAACUGUUUUCUUAGAAAUGAAAUAUUGUCUCUUUAACAGAAUGUCAAUGAAAUCUCACUUUAUCCGGCCACUUAAACUAGCUAGAUCAGCACUUUGUGUCAGUCCCCAAAAUUGACCAGAGGGAGGGACGACCAACAGGUGGCUGGAAUAGGGAGGCUUGACUGUUAAGAUGCAGUAAUUAAUAUAUUCAUAAGUGAGAAUGUGAAUUUUUUGUGCAUUCCCUCCAGUCCUUGUCUGUAAGGCUGGUGAUGUAUGUAAAUAGGAUUUGUACUCAAUUGAGUAUUGAUAGGCAUCUGUCUCAUUGGUGAAUGAUAAUGAUAAUUUUGGUAAAAUUGUUACAAUUUUGGAGGUUAUCAAUAAUAUCAUUCACCUACAAUAAUCAGUAGAAAUUACAAAAUCAUUAUCUUUAAAUAUGGCACUCUUUGGUCUGGUGUUUGAAAACUGUAGAAAAAUAUUAUAAUUCAGCUAAAUCUAUUUCACAUUAUGAGAAAAUGUAUUGGAUAUCUACUGUGAGGGUGUAUAGCUUACACUUAAUGUAUGCUAGUUUGAUCUCCUUGACAUCCAGUGUAUUAUGUUAUUUGCUCAUUAAAAAACAAAUUAAAACAAUUGAAAGGAUGAA